CCCCAUCAUUUCUCUAUCCAUUUCCUUUAUUAUUUUCCAUCAAUCCCCGGAAUCCAAUUCCAUUCCAUUCCAACAAUGGCAGCUGCAGCAUCACACACCGCCCUCACAUUCCUCCCAACUUCAUCAUCUUCCUCCACCACCACCACCCGAGCCACCACCGUCCGCCUUGCUUCCCGCUUCCUCCGGUCCCCUCUCCGCGGCCUCGGCUUCGCGGCCGCGGACCCGCUCCUUUUCGCACACUCCCGAUCACUCAAAACCGCAAAACCGGUCAGAGAAAUCGUCUCGAUGGCGAAAAAGAGCGUAGGGGACCUCUCAUCAAGUGAACUAAAAGGAAAGAAAGUGUUUGUUAGAGCUGACUUGAAUGUACCUUUGGAUGAUAAUCAGAAUAUUACUGAUGAUACUCGAAUUCGGGCUGCUAUUCCUACUAUUAAACAUUUGAUCAGUAAUGGUGCUAAAGUUAUUCUUUCUAGUCAUUUGGGUAGGCCUAAAGGUGUUACUCCAAAGUAUAGCUUGGCUCCUCUUGUACCAAGAUUAUCCGAGCUUAUCGGUAUUGAGGUUGUGAAAGCAGAUGACUGUAUUGGUCCAGAUGUCGAAAAGUUGGUUGCUUCACUUCCAGAGGGUGGUGUACUUCUCCUUGAAAACGUGAGGUUUUACAAAGAGGAAGAAAAGAAUGAUCCAGGAUUCGCAGAAAAACUUGCAGCGCUUGCAGAUCUUUAUGUCAAUGAUGCUUUUGGAACAGCACAUAGAGCUCAUGCCUCCACUGAGGGAGUCACAAAGUUCUUGAAGCCAUCUGUUGCUGGUUUCCUUUUGCAAAAGGAAUUGGAUUACCUUGAUGGGGCUGUUUCAAACCCAAAAAGGCCAUUUGCUGCUAUAGUCGGUGGUUCAAAGGUGUCAUCCAAGAUUGGAGUUAUUGAGUCCCUUUUGGAAAAGUGUGACAUAUUGCUUUUGGGUGGAGGUAUGAUCUUCACAUUUUACAAGGCACAAGGCUUAUCAGUAGGAUCUUCCUUGGUGGAAGAAGACAAACUUGAACUUGCCACUACACUUCUUGCUAAGGCUAAGGCAAAGGGAGUUGAUCUCUUAUUACCAACCGACGUGGUGGUUGCAGACAAGUUUGCACCUGAUGCAAACAGCAAGAUUGUCCCAGCAUCUGCUAUCCCAGAUGGUUGGAUGGGAUUAGAUAUUGGACCAGAUUCCGUCAAGACAUUCAAUGAUGCAUUGGAGACCACCAAAACUGUCAUUUGGAACGGACCUAUGGGAGUGUUUGAGUUUGACAAAUUUGCAGUUGGAACCGAGUCAGUGGCAAAGAAGCUAGCUGAACUUAGUGGAAAGGGUGUGACGACAAUCAUUGGAGGAGGAGAUUCAGUGGCUGCAGUAGAGAAAGUUGGGGUUGCGGAUGUGAUGAGCCACAUCUCAACGGGUGGUGGUGCAAGUUUGGAGUUACUGGAAGGCAAAAUACUCCCUGGUGUCGAUGCUCUUGAUGAAGCAGUUGUUGUUGCUGUGUAAGGCAUAAUUCUAAAUUCUGAUUUGAUUUUUUUUUUAUCUAGUGUCAGCUCAGCAUGCUUAUGGCACAGUGAGUCUGUAUACAAGAACACGAGUUUGUUGUAGAUGCUUCAUAUAUAAUAAAUUUAAGGUCAUAUUGUUGUAUUCCUAAGAACAGAGACGGCCACUUUAAGAUCUUAAUAUAUAUUGGUUUCCUUUUUCA